AGGCUGGAGAAAGUCAUCGCAGAGGGAGCUCAAACAGACAGAGAGAAAGCAAGGAAGAGAGAAUCACUCCCGCUUUUAAAACGUACCUGUCGCUGCGUCUGCACACCAUGGGAGCUACAUCUAGAAGAACAGAACCAGGCGACACACAGGACAUGGAGACUGGUGGAUUCUGUUAGCGAACUGUUUGUGGUUCAGGGAAAAACCCUGGAUGCCAUAUCCUCUUACCCUACUAUGAACGGCCUGCCUGUGUGCUGGAGUAAGUCCAGUGUCAUCAGCUUCAUCAAGGGUCUGGCUUCACCUGUGGGGAACGGAUACAAUAAACCUCCCGUCCCUCCGGUCAGCUGUCCUCAGGGAGAAAAAGGCCCCCCAGCCAUGAUGCCCAUCAGCAUCGAUCCAGAGAGUCGACCAGGCGAGUACGUCCUCAAGAGUCUGUUCGCCAACUUCACCACCCUGUCAGAGCGCAAGAUCCGCAUCAUUAUGGCUGAGCCACUGGAAAAGCCAUUAACAAAGUCUCUCCAAAGGGGAGAAGAUCCUCAGUUUGACCAAAUGAUAAGCACCAUGAGCUCAUUGGCUGAAUACAGUCUUCCCUCCAUCCUGCGCACUUUAUUUGACUGGUACAAAAGACAAAACGGCCUAGAGGAGGAGCUGCACAAGAGUCAGCCAAGAGCCAACCCCAAGUCCAAAAAUGAUGAGCAGCAGAGAGAUUAUCUACUUGAACGGCGAGAUUUGGCCAUCGACUUCAUCUUCUCUCUUGUGCUUAUAGAGGUGUUGAAACAGAUGCCUCUCUACCCAGUCCACGAUGGUUUGGUCAAUGAAGUCAUUAACUUAGCCUUUAAGCACUUUAAAUAUAAAGAGGGAUAUAAUGGUCCAAACACUGGUAACAUGCACACUGUAGCAGACCUUUAUGCUGAAGUCAUAGGAGUAUUAGCCCAGUCCAAGUUUCCCGCCGUGAAGAAGAAGUUUAUGACCGAGCUGAAGGAGCUGCGGCAGAAAGAGCAGAGUCCGUACGUCACGCAGAGUACUAUCAGCCUCAUCAUGGGGGUCAAGUUCUUCAGAGUUAAAAUGUAUCCUGUCGAGGAUUUCGAAGCUUCUUUUCAGUUCAUGCAGGAGUGUGCACAGUAUUUUCUAGAAGUCAAGGAUAAAGACAUUAAGCAUGCUCUGGCCGGCCUCUUUGUUGAGAUCCUGGUUCCUGUUGCAGCCGCGGUGAAGAACGAAGUGAACGUUCCCUGCCUGAGGAACUUUGUGGACAGCUUGUACGACACAACCCUGGACCUGUCCUCCAGAAAGAAGCACUCACUGGCAUUUUAUCCACUGGUGACGUGUCUGCUGUGUGUCAGCCAGAAACAGUUCUUCCUCAACAGAUGGCAUCUCUUCCUCAACAACUGCCUUUCAAACCUGAAGAGUAGAGACCCCAAGAUGGCUCGAGUUGCACUGGAGUCCUUAUAUCGACUGUUGUGGGUUUACAUGAUAAGAAUAAAGUGUGAGAGCAACACUGCAACUCAGGGUCGCCUGAACACCAUUAUAACAACCCUUUUCCCAAAAGGAUCUCGCAGUGUGGUCCCAAGAGACAUGCCCCUCAACAUAUUUGUCAAAAUCAUUCAGUUUAUUGCUCAGGAAAGACUUGAUUUUGCCAUGAAAGAGAUUAUUUUUGACCUUCUGUCUGUUGGGAAACCUGCGAAAGCCUUUAGUCUUAAUCCUGAGAGGAUGAAUAUUGGUUUGAGAGCAUUCCUGGUCAUCGCAGACAAACUGCAGCAGAAGGACGGAGAGCCUCCCAUGCCCAACACUGGCUGCACUUUGCCCUCUGGGAACACACUCCGAGUCAAGAAGACAUACCUGAGCAAAACGCUGACGGAUGAGGAGGCCAAAGUCAUCGGUAUGUCACAUUACUACGUGCACGUGAGGAAAGCUAUUGACAGCAUCCUCAGACACCUGGACAAGGAAGUGGGACGCUGCAUGAUGAUGACUAACGCCCAGAUGUUGAACAAAGAGCCUGAGGAUAUGAUCACAGGUGAAAGAAAACCCAAGAUUGAUUUAUUUAGGACUUGUGUUGCGGCCGUUCCUCGCAUUCUGCCUGACGGGAUGUCCAAACCUGAGCUCAUCGACCUUCUUUCUCGAUUAACGAUCCACAUGGAUGACGAGAUUCGCCUCAUAGCCCAGAAUUCGUUGCAAAGCCUGUUGGUGGAUUUCUCUGACUGGCGUGACGAUGUCUUGUUUGGAUUCAGUAACUUCCUGUUGCGGGAGGUCCAAGACACCCACCAAGGACUGUUAGAUAUGUCCCUCAAAUUACUGCAGCAGCUGCUCACACAGUGGAGAUUAGCACUGGCUUCUCCGGGGAAGAGCCAAGAGCACGCACAAAUUCACAACAUCGAGCUGCUGCAGUCCAGCUCGAGUCUGAAGUCGCCUGCAGAGCGAGGCCCUCACUCCGCCGCGCUGCACGCUGUAGAAGGACUGGCUCUGGUUCUGCUCUGCUCCUGCCAGCUGAGCACCCGCAGACUCGCUGUCGCUAUUCUCAGAGAAAUCCGAAGCCUCUAUCUGACCAUUGGACAGUCAGAGGAUGACGAUAAACCAAUGAUAGAGAUCAUGGAUCAGCUCAGUCCGGUUAUCGUGGAAAGUUUUGUCAAUGUUGCCGUUUCUGACACAACCAUGCCGCCAGCUGUUCACCACGUGGACCUCCAGUGGCUCGUGGAGUGGAAUGCGCUGCUCGUGAGCAGUCAUUAUGACAUCAGGAGCCCCUCGCACGUGUGGCUCUUCGCCCAGUCCGUGAAGGACCCCUGGGUCCUGUGCGUUUACAGUCUCCUCCGAAGGGACCACCUGCCCAAGCACUGCCCCACAGCUCUGAGCUACGCCUGGCCCUACGCCUUCACUCGACUGCAGAUGCUCAUGCCCCUGGUGGACCCAAACAACCCAGUGUAUGCCAAGAAGACCGGCACCUCUGGGAGUGGGGAGAAUUACGUAACCUUAUGGAGGAACUACCUGAUCCUUUGCUUUGGGGUGGCCAAACCCAGUAUCAUGAGUCCCGGCCAUUUGAGAGCAUCGACACCUGAGAUCACGACUCCUCCGUCUGACAGUGGCCUCGGCCACGAUAACAAGGUUACUGGAAGCCCGUCAGUGGCUUGGCUCUUGAAGCAGUUGGUCCCACUCAUGAGGCUGGAGAGCAUUGAGUUGACCGAGUCCUUGGUUGUAGGAUUUGGUCGCACUAAUUCACUAGUAUUCAGGGAGCUUGUGGAGGAGUUGCAUCCCCUCAUGAAAGAGGCAUUAGAGAGACGACCUGAGAACAAGAAGCGCCGCGAGCGCCGAGACCUGCUCAGGCUGCAGCUGCUGCGUAUCUUUGAGCUUUUGGCUGAUGCAGGGGUCAUCAGUGACAGUACAAACGGAGCUCUGGAACGUGACACCCUCGCCCUCGGCGCUCUGUUCUUAGAAUAUGUGGAUCUGACUCGAAUGCUUCUGGAAGCUGAGAACGAUAAAGAUACAGAGAUCAUCAAAGACAUCCGGGCUCACUUCAGCACCAUGGUGGCCAACUUUAUCCAAUGUGUACCAGUGCACCACAGACGCUUCCUGUUCCCCCAACAGAGCCUUCGGCAUCACCUCUUCAUUCUCUUCAGUCAGUGGGCGGGGCCUUUCAGUGUCAUGUUCACCUCUCUGGACCGCUACAGUGACAGAAAUCACCAGAUCACAAGAUAUCAGUAUUGUGCACUGAAGGCCAUGUCUGCCGUGUUGUGCUGUGGGCCUGUCUUUGAUAACGUCGGCCUGUCUCAGGAUGGAUACCUGUACAAAUGGCUGGAUAAUAUUUUAGCUUGCCAGGAUCAGCGGGUUCAUCAGCUUGGCUGUGAGGUCGUCAUUCUGCUCCUGGAGCUUAAUGCUGACCAGGUUAAUCUAAUUAACUGGGCAGUCGAUCGCUGCUACACAGGUUCCUACCAGCUCGCCUCAGGCUGCUUCAAAGCCAUCGCUACAGUCUUUGGCAGCAGCAAAAACUACCCAUGUGACGUUGUAACGCUGCUGAACCUGGUUCUCUUUAAAGCAUCAAGCACAAGCAGAGAAAUCUAUGAGAUUUCAAUGCAGCUAAUGCAGAUUCUUGAAGCACAGUUGUUCCUGUACUCUAAGAAGAUAGCAGAGGUAAAGCCAAGUAGUGUCCUGUAUGGCACCCAUGGUCCUCUGCCGCCUCUUUACAGUGUCUCGCUACCUCAGCUCUCCAGUCAGUUGGCCAGGAUGUACCCUGAACUCACUCUUCCUCUGUUCUCAGAGGUCAGCCAGAGGUUCCCCACCACUCAUUCCAACGGGAGGCAGAUCAUGCUCACCUACCUCCUGCCCUGGCUCAGAAACAUUGAGCUAGUGGAUGGCGGUUUGCUGCUUCCAGUCCUUACUUCAUCCACCCAAAGCUAUGAGUCCUCCUGUCAGCUGAGCAGCACAGACUCAUCCCACCAGCUGAAAGGUGCUGGCUGGGGGUCCUUACAAGCCACAUCAAUGGUUCUCAAUAACCUCAUGUUCAUGACAGCCAAGUACGGAGAUGAUCUGCCUGGAUCAGAGAUGGAAAACGCCUGGAAUGCUCUGGUCGGCAAUGAAAAUUGGAGCAACAACUUGAGAACCAUGCUGCAGUUUCUCAUCAGUUUAUGUGGCGUCAGCAGUGACACGACGCUUCUCCCAUAUAUCAAGAAAGUGGUGAUCUAUCUUUGCAGAAAUAACACAAUGCAAACCAUGGAGGAGUUGUUAUUUGAGUUACAACAAAUGGACCCAGUCAACCCUGUGGUGCAACAUUGUGACAGCCCUCCUUUCUAUCGCUUCACUGCCACAAGCAAAGCCUCUGCAGCGGCUUCAGGAACUCCAUCAAGCAGCAACACUGUCGUUGCAGGCCAGGAAAGCUUUCCUGACUCCGAUGAUACAAAAACCAAUAAAGAGAACGAGGAAAGGCUUGGGCACAUGAGAGCACACAACCGUCUGGAGUCACGAUACAGUAGCAGCUCAGGAGGAUCCUAUGAUGAAGAUAAAAGUGAGCCUCUGCCCCCCUACGCUGAUUGGUUGACGGUUGUUAUUGAGACCAACAAGCCCCACCCUCUGCCCAUGCCUCUCAGUGGAGGAUGCUGGGCUCCGCUGGUGGACUUUUUACCAGAAACCAUCACUCCCAGAGGACCGCUGCACAGGUGUAACAUUGCAGUGAUCUUCAUGACUGAGAUGGUGGUUGACCACAGUGUGAGAGAGGACUGGACCCUUCACCUGCCUUCACUGCUCCAUGCUCUGUUUUUGGGUAUGGACCACUAUCGCCCGGAGGUGUUUGAACACAGCCAACGUCUCCUCCUCCACCUGCUCAUCACGUUGCUCUGUAACAACAACUUUCAGGCUAUCGCAGCGAUUUUACUGCAGACACAGGAAAUCCAUGUGGCUAAGACUCUCACCUGCAAGCCAAACCCGGAGAAUUCACCUACUGGGAGUUUUGACUUCCUGCGCGAGUGUCAGGCGUCUCCUGUUCCAGACUCUGGUCUCAGCUCGUCGUCGACGUCCUCCAGUCUGAGUCUGGGGGGCAGCAGCAACAACCUGCCUGAGAUCACACGGGAGAUGGAGGAGUUUGUGGGCUCUUCAAAGAUAAAUGAAAAGGCCAACAAGCUCAUUGAGUUUUUAAUUACAAGACCCUAUGGACCACUGUGGUGUCAUGAAGACAUUUCACCAAAAAACCAAGUCUCAAAAAGCACCGAGCAGCUGACAAAUUUUCUGCGACAUGUGGUUUCUGUCUUUAAAGAGUCCAAGUCAGAUUUCCAUCUGGAGCAGCAGCUCAGUGAGGUGGCUCUGCAGACGGCCUUGUGCAGUUCGUCCCGCCACUACGCCGGCCGCUCCUUCCAGCUCUUCCGAGCCCUUCGUCAGCCGGUUUCUGCACACGCCGUGUCUGACCUCCUCUCAAGACUGGUGGAAGUCAUCGGCGAGCACGGAGAAGAAGUGCAGACUCUGACACCAAAUAAAACCCAAGAGAUCGACAUCUUGUCCAAGAACGGCUAUGUGAUGGAAGUGUUACUCACACUGGAAUCUGUGGUGGAUAACCUGGCUGAAUGUCUGAAAAACAACGAUCUUAUGGUUUUCCUAACAAGAGCCACAUCUCCAGACUUCCUUACCCAUUUCAAGCAGCUGUCGAACAGGAAGAGCACAGGACAGCUUGGUCUAGAACGAGAAGAGAGGAGCAGGCACCACAGGAGCUCCUCUGUCCCCAAAAAGUUUGGAGAAACCGACAGGUGUUCAGAUCCACCUCGCAGCGCCACGCUGGACCGUAUCCAAGCCUGCGAGCAGCAGGCUCUGUUAACCAAGAUGAGCAGUUCGUCUUUAUCAAAAGACAAUGCCACCGACGCGAUGAGCAUCAACCACCCCAGCAACCUGCUGGCCACCAUCUUCUGGGUGGCCGUGUCGCUCAUGGAGUCCGACUUUGAGUUUGAGUAUCAGAUGUCUCUGAGGCUGAUGAAUAAGCUGAUGGCUAACAUGUCGCUGGACAAACAGGAUAACAGGGAAAGGCUGGAGAAGCUGCAGAGCCAGCUGAAGUGGAGCAGCUUCACCGGGCUUCAGCAGCUGCUGUUGAAGGGCUUUACCUCCAUGGCCACCACUGACCUCACGCUGCAGCUCUUCUGCCAGCUCACUCCUGUGUCCAGAGUUUCUGUGGUGGACACAUCCCAAACUAUAGGUUUUCCCUUAAAUGUUCUUUGCCUGCUCCCACACCUGGUGCAGAACUUUGAUGCACCGACCACGUUUUGCCAAGACGCUGCUGAGAAGAUAGCCCAGGUGUGCCUCGAGGAAAAGAAUUCCAAGCUGUCCAACCUGGCUCAUGUCAUGACUCUGUAUAAAACUCACUCCUAUACGCGAGACUGCUUCUCUUGGGUGAACGUGGUGUGUCGCUAUCUCCAUGAAGCGUUCUCAGACAUCACCCUGAGUCUGGUCACUUACAUGGCAGAGCUACUGGAUAAAGGUCUCCCCAGUAUGCAGCAGACGCUUCUACAAAUCAUCUAUAGCCUCCUGAGUCACAUGGAGCUGAGCGGAAUUCAAGCCAAACCUUUCAACAUAGAGGUCCUCAAGACAAUAGAAAAGUUUGUCCAGACUGUGCAUUGGAGGGAGGCGCUGAAUAUCCUGAAGCUGGUGGUUUCUCGAUCAGCCAGUUUGGUGCAGCCGUCGUCCCAGAGUGACCCUCCCUCUGAGGACAUCAGACGCAUCUGGGACUGCUCCUCCAAGGCCCUGCCUGGAAAAACACUUGAUUUCCACUUUGACAUAUCUGAGACCCCGGUGAUCGGGCGGCGUUUCGAUAAUCUGCAAUGCUCGCCCGGACAUGAUGCAAAAAGCGUCACAACUGCAGUGACCCACAGCACCUCCUCGACAUCCUCUGGAUUGACCUCCAACAACGUCCUGGUGCCAGUCAGCUGGAAGAGGCCUCAGUCUUCACAGAAAAGAACGAGGGAAAAACUGGUGCAUGUUUUGUCUCUGUGUGGACAAGAAGUGGGGCUCACAAAAAACCCUUCGGUUAUCUUCUCCAGCUGUGGGGAAUUGGACCUCAUGGAGCACCAGCCCAGCCUGGUUUCCUCUGAUGAGGGGACCCGGGAACUGGAGAACACAGAUGAUACCACCUCAGAGCAGCAGUUCAGAGUCUUUAGAGACUUUGACUUUCUGGAUGUUGAGCUUGAAGAUGGAGAGGAGCUACAGGGAGAGACUGUGGACAACUUUAACUGGGGUGUGCGUCGGCACUCCGUGGACAGUUUGGACCAAAGUGACCUGCAGCCUCUGGACAACAGUCAGCUGUCCAGCAGCAUGCCCAGCUUCAGCAAGGUCACCCAUGAAGACUCAGAUGAGUCAUCUGAGGAGGAUUCCCUCACCAUCAGUCAGAUACUCUCCCAUUCUCAGCUUAGUAUCAGCCUAUCUCCAACAGCAGAUAUCAGUAGCAUGGACACCUCCUCUGCCAUCUUUGACAGAACAUCAGCAGAUUCAACUCCUCUGAGCACCAAAAAUCCCAGUUUCGAGGUUCAACUGUCAGAGGACUCGAAGCAGCGGAAUGAGGUAUCAAAAGAUGAUGAAGACAACAGUGCACAAGAGGACGAAAUCUCUCUCUGCAUCAGUGAACUGCCUCCAGAGUAUCAAUGUGGGGACAGUUUGUCAGUAGACAUGGUAGAUAAUGAUAUCAAAGCAGAGCCAGAAGUUGACUGCUGUUUACCCAGUCUUGCUGAGGAAGAGGAGGAGGAGGAGGAGGAGGAGGAGGAGAGAGAUGACAUGCUAGAGUCACGCUCAUCACCCCCUCCAUUGCCCUUCUUCUCUGCCAUUCUUGCUGCUUUCCAACCAACAGCGUGUGACGAUGCAGAGGAGGCCUGGCGAAGUCACAUCAACCAGCUUGUUUGUGACUCAGAUGGCUCCUGUGCAGUCUACACGUUUCAAGUGUUUUCUUCACUUUUUCAGAGUAUUCAGACUAAAUUUUGCUCCCUGACCUGCGAUGCUGUAAAUUAUCUGGGUGAUGGCUUGAGUGGAUUAGGAUCAAAGUUCCUGAGGUCUUCUGAGAUGCUGGCAUCAUGCUCAGAGUGCCCAACUCUACUAAUUGAUGCUGACACAAUUAUGUCUUAUGGACUUCUGGAAAAGAUGAAAUUCAGUGUGUUGGAAAUUCAAGAAUAUCUUGAUAGUUACAACAACAGAAAGGAGGCAGCUCUUACUUGGCUGAACAGCUGUAAGGCCACCUUUCCCCUUAAUGCUGGAGACAUGGUGAUGACAAACCAACCAAUGGAGACUGAGGAAAAGCGAAUGGAAUCUCUAGCUCAACUGGAGCUUUGUCAAAGACUCUACAAACUCCACUUUCAGCUGUUGCUGCUUUUUCAGUCCUAUUGUAAGCUGAUUGAACAAGUCCAUGAGAUCAGCUUGUUUCCAGAGCUCACAAAUAUGUCGGGUGAAAUCAAUGAACUGAGGAGAAACCUGAGGGUCGCGGCAGCCUCGGUGAUGAAUGACGAAACUUCUGCCUAUGAGAGUUCCUGCUCAGAGACCAUCAUGAGCUCCUCUGAAGCUGCAGUGCAGGCUAUCCUGGAGGCUCUGAAAACCAACGAGCUUUUAAAAGCCAUUCACUACAUUCGUGAAUGCAGAACGCUGUGGCCAAGUGACAUAUUUGGCAGCCCCUCUGAGGAUGAAAUCCAAACAUUACUAAACAUUUACUUCAGACAUCAAACUUUGGGCCAGACAGGAACGUUUGCUUUGGUGGGCUCAAAGCAGGACCUGACAGAAAUCUCUGUCAAGCUGAUGGAACUCAACGGGGAGACCCGGGACAUGAUCCGCCGGGCGCAGGGCUACAAAGCCAUAACGGCUUUUCUCCCAGAUUCCAGGGUUUCAGGCUCAACUCUCUGAUGUUGGUCGUGGUGGUUUGUGGCACUUGUAGCUGCUCUUUCAUUUCAGUUUUCAACAAAAUUUCCGCUAUAUCCUAAGAUAACCAAACUCUUUACUUCCUCUUCUGUCUCUGAGUAUCUCAAUGUCUUGAACUCAGUCUUUAAACAUGGAGCAGUAAUGAUUUUACAGUUUUAUUUGCUGUUUGUAAAUGUCAACCUUUUCUUGCAUGAAUAAAAUCAAUUCUCACAAAGCCUCAAUUUGCCACAGACAUCAACAACUGUCCCAUUUAACAAAUAACGUACCAAAGCUAAGUGUUGUUUUUACGUGUUAAGGGAAAAUGUGCAAUCUUUUACCAUUUCUGUCUCUUAAAAGAAUGUAUUAAAAUGUCAUAGAAUUGGAAAACACUGUUAGUGGAGAAAAAGGGAGGCAUCAUUUCGUCAUUAUGUUUGUGAGUCAUUUGUGUGUAUUUAUGUGUACAUUUUGAUGUGCUGUGACUGUGCAUGAGUGCGUGAAUUAAAUUAUAUUGACUAUCAUGGGUGGAACUAUUGAUUUUGAUUUGUAUGAGUAGCUAGUGUUAAAAUAUUCUGACAUAUUGCAAAUUUACUGUAAUGCCUCCAUGUUACUUAAAACAUCUUACUGUAGUUUAUAAGGGAGCAGCUUUUUGCAAAUACAUAAAAUAUUUAUAUUUAAAGCAAGAGAAAACAUACUUUUUUCUGAUGAGAUAUAUCAAAAGAUGUGUUGUGUUAUUUUUUAAACCUGCCAAGCUAGCAAAUUCUAUGUAUUAUGAAAUAAUAAAGCUUAUGAACAAGUAAAGAAACUAUUUAAUUGUUUGUAAAUAUUGAGCUGAAGGCUUUGGUAAAACUCAUAAGACUGUAUUUUUAUGAAGUUCAAAUUUUAAUUGUAUGUAGAAAACCAAGAAAAAUACAUAAUACAUGUAAAGCUUCCAACAUUGCUGUUGCAGCCUUUGACCUUGUAAAUACAUUUGUCUUGGCAAUGUAUAAUCAAUAUUAUAUUUUUAUUUAUUUUUAGAUGGGUAUUGUGUUCACUUAAGUGUCGCUAAAACAUUUGUCAAAUGAGGAGUUGUCAUUUUUAUCAUUGUUGUGAGUCAUCACAACGUUUCCAAAUGAGAUCACACUGUAAGUUUCAAACUCUCAAAGCCAUUUGAAACACUUGUAAAUGUAAUUCUCAGUAAUAAAAAAAAAACAGAACAACUAA